CGCGCCGCCGUCACCGACUCACCGUCGUCUCUCGCUCACUCGCUCGCGCUCUCCAUCCAGAUCGGAGCGCUCGGUUCGGAUAGGGGCGACUAGGAGGUGAAGGCGGGCGCGUCAGCCAUGGCGGACGAGGAGCACCCGGAGAGGAGGGAGGAGGCCUCCGAGCUUGCCCCCUUUGAUCCAACCAAGAAGAAGAAGAAGAAGAAGGUUGUCAUCCAAGAGCCUUCUGAUGAAGUGGACAAGCUUGCAGAGAAGACAGAAUCGCUAGCAGUUGCAGAACCUGCUGAACUUAACUUCACUGGAAUGAAGAAGAAAAAGAAGAAGCAGGUGGAUCUUGAUUCAUCUAUUGAUGACCUUGGAGAUGGGGAGGACACUCAAGGUGAUCAAGUUGUAGAGGAACAAGGGGACGGUAUUGUGCUUGGAGGUGGCCCUACAUAUCCUUGGGAAGGAACUGACCGGGAUUAUAAAUACGAGGAGCUGUUGGACAGAGUGUUCAACAUUCUUCGUGAGAACAACCCAGAUCUUGCUGGUGAUAGGCGGAGAACCGUUAUGAGGCCACCUCAAGUUCUUAGGGAGGGAACAAAGAAGACAGUUUUUGUUAAUUUUAUGGAUUUGUGUAAAACGAUGCAUAGGCAACCUGAGCAUGUAAUGAUGUUUUUACUUGCCGAAAUGGGAACAAGUGGGUCACUUGAUGGGCAGCAAAGGUUGGUGAUCAAGGGAAGAUUUGCUCCUAAAAACUUUGAAGCAAUCCUGAGGAGAUACAUCAAUGAGUAUGUCAUCUGCAAUGGAUGCAAGAGCCCUGAUACUAUUUUGUCCAAAGAAAAUCGUCUGUUCUUCCUUCGCUGCGAACAGUGUGGAUCUUCACGGUCCGUUGCACCAAUCAAAGCUGGAUUCGUUGCGCAAGUUGGUCGGCGGAAGGCCUAAGCGCAAACCAAAUUGGUCCUUUGCGCUGCCUGCUCUGUUUUGGUCGUGUAUUUCUUGUUUUUUUUCGUGUCAUGUUAAUGCAGCUGAGGUUCGGUUUAUGAUUGUCCUAUCUUUGUGUGGCUGAAAUUUGAGGCCAUACCAAUUCGACAAUAUUACAUUAUUUUGCCGGAUGGACAUUCUGCCGUGCAAUGUUGAGAGC